GGUCACGAAGUGGGGGAGGGAGAGGAUGUGGGAGAGGGAGGAGAUGAAGGCAGCAGCGUCUGCAGCGCGUGUUAGCGUGUGGAUGCGCGCGCAUGCACGUGCACGCUGUGUGACGUGGCUUUGGAGUCAGACGCCCCCCUGCACGUCCCUCCUGUCCAGCUCGCACACUGUAACUGUCGCCGAUCCCCACAGCUGUGAGAUAAGCCAGAAGACAUAUUGAACUGUUGCAAUCAGCGUCUGAAGCUGUGGACAGCUGACUGGGAGACAGAAGUCAGUCGUGAGUGUCACAGCGCGGGGCGAGGAGUGGCUGACUCAGCCAGUCAACACCCUCAGCCAGUCAACACCCUCAGCUCGUCUCACACCUCUCAGCAGCCGUCGUCGUCGUCGUUGUUUCUAGAAGGUCGUCACACUUGAUAUCAUCGACAACGCUUAAGACUACGAGUCUGCUGCUGCUGCUGCUGCUGGUGUUGCUGUUGUUGCUGGUGUGGGGAUUACGUCAUGACUACAGUACUACGCGGCAACGCAGCCCUGGCGUGUGCGCAGGUGGUGACGCGCAGAAACAGGUUCCAGCUGUUCCCCGGAUGUGUGAACGCCACGGGGAGGGACAUGGAGACAUCAGGCAACGGCUCCACCUGUAGUCACGUGUGCGCCAACUACAAGUCGUCCCUGGGGGACACCGGAGACUUCCUGGUGGGCUCUGUCAUUCUGUUCGUCAUUGUCAGUGCCGUGAUGCUGAACACUUUCGUCAUCUGCUCCUUCGCGGCCCGGUGGAAGAGCAUCACCAUCACUGACUACUACAUCCUGACACUGGCCGUCAGUGACCUUUGCUCCCCGCUCUUCGCUUAUCCCAUGGCCAUGAUGUCCACCUUCUCGCAUGGCUGGCUUUUCGGAGAAACUGGUAGGUCAGAGGUCACAUGCCUCAUCAGUCUUAAUUCCAUGGCCUAUAGAUGCUGCACCAUCAACGGUUUCCUCGGCUUCUUCUUCGGCAUCGCUGACAUCUUCACUCUGUCGCUGCUCAGCUUCUCGCGCUUUCUGUGCGUGUGCUGCCCGACUUCCGUUUUCUGCUUCACACGAAAAAGAGUUCUGGCAUCAAUUAUUGGAGUGAUUGUCAUGUCCACCUUCUGGGCAACCUGUCCCCUGUUCGGAUGGGGGGACUACGAUGUGGAGCCAUUCGGUACCUCGUGCACCCUGAAGUGGUCCAGCACCGACAGGUGGGUCAGUGGGUCAUUGUAA